AUGGAUCAAAUUUCUAACGUUCAAUAUGAUAAUGUAUCCAAUUAUAACCAUUAUGAUAACUUUGACCAAUCUGAUUUCACUGGAUUUAUCGAUAAUGGAUUUAAUCAUUUACAAGCAGCUGAUGAUGCAAUUCAGAUGGACCAACUUUUAUAUAAUCAAGUUCAAUACCAUAACUUUGAUCCUUACAAUUGCACUGCUGAUUCCUUUUCCGCGACUAACGAAAACAUUUAUCCAAUACCUUGUGAAGAUGAAUCUCUUGAUACCUUUGGUUCAGCUUCUCAGUAUUGUCCAAUAAUUUCCUCUUACGAGCCACAGUAUAUCAACUAUGAUACUAGUGAACAAGGAAUUUUAAAUCAGAAUCCACCACAGUCUAUUGAUACAUCUCAAUCACAAAUGAAUCAAUGUUCAAUCUUUAGAUUCGAAAUUCCUGGAUUUGAUAUAAUUAUUAAACCAAAAUCCAACUCAACCAUGGAUUUAAAUAAUUUGGACACACAAUAUCAACUUCAACAAGAUCAAUCCUAUCCUUACUCGUCAUCGCAAUUAAACCCAAGUCAAAAUUACAUUUCUGAAAAUUCUGUAAAUCCUAUCGCUAUGAAUGUGCAAAAUCAUCAUAUUAUUCAUAACGAUAAUAUUUGUUACAGAUAA